CAAUGACAUCUCAGUGAACAGACUGAUAGUCAGGAGAGGUCAGUCCUUCCUGGUCACCUUUGACCUCCAUGGCCCCUUCAGGCCCACAACAGACAUGCUGGAGCUGAUGGUGGAGACAGGGCCCCAGCCAUCUGAGGCGUUGGGGACCAGGUCAGUGUUCGGGAUACCUGAGGGCCGUGGGAAGGGUUCCUCGUGGAAGGUUGAGGUUCACCCGGGCUCAGUGCUCCUGGAGGGCUCAAUCACUCUGGACAUCACCAGCCCAGCAGAUGCCCCAGUGGGAGAGUACAGCCUGUCUGUAAAGACCAGCGCCAACGCCACAGUGGGCAGAAGCCUGGGCAAGCUCCUUCUGCUGUUUAACCCUUGGUGCCAAGAGGACUGGGUGCAUCUACCUGAAGAGGAGGAGAGGCAGGAGUAUGUGAUGAGAGAACAAGGCCUGGUGUACAGAGGUUCUGAAAAAUACAUCAGCUCCCUGGCGUGGGACUUCGGACAGUUUGAAGACGAUAUAGUGGACAUUUGCCUGAAGCUGCUUGACGUGAACCCCAAGUGUCUGAGAGACCCCGCCAAGGACUUCUCUGCUCGUUGCAACCCCAUCUAUGUCAGUAGGGUGGUCAGUGCCAUGAUCAACGCUAAUGAUGACAGAGGUGUCCUGUUGGGGCGGUGGGAUGGUCAAUACAAUGGUGGCGUGUCCCCCACUCACUGGAACGGCAGUGUGGAGGUACUAAGGAGGUGGCUCAACAAUGGAGGCAAUCCAGUCAAGUAUGGCCAGUGUUGGGUGUUCGCCGCUGUAAUGUGCACAGUACUGAGGUGUUUGGGAAUCCCAUGUCGAGUGGUUACCAACUUCCAGUCAGCCCACGACACCGACAAAAACCUGACAAUUGACGACUUCUUCUCCGACAAUGGAGUCAGACCCAAACAGAGCCAAGACAGUGUAUGGAACUACCAUGUGUGGGUGGAGGCCUGGAUGAGACGGCCCGAUCUCUCAGGAGACUCCUUAUAUGACGGCUGGCAGGCUGUGGACCCUACCCCUCAGGAGAAAAGCACUGGUGUUUACUGCUGCGGCCCUGCUCCAGUCAAGGCCAUACUGCAGGGUCACAUUGACCUCAAAUACGAUGUGCCCUUUGUCUUCGCCGAAGUCAACGCCGACCGUGUAACCUGGAUGGUGUUCGCUGACGGCUCCAAGAAAAAGAUCUUAACGGACACUGGGUCCGUAGGCCAGAACAUCAGCACAAAGGCAGUGGGCAGCGACAAGAGAGUGGACAUCACGGCCAACUAUAAAUAUGCAGAGGGCACGAAAAAGGAGAGGACUGUGUACAAUAACGCAGCGAACAGAGUCAACAAUCUCGAAGACAAAGAGAAUUCAAACGGGAUCCUUGACCGCAAACCUUCUGAUGUUUCCAUGAAAAUCGUUGAGCUGACCAAGCCGCUCAGCGGCAAAGACAUCGACCUCAAGCUUGUACUGAACAGCGACGACCGUGAGACUCGGACACUAGUGAUCCAUGUCAACGUUCAGGCCAUGAGAUACACCGGCAUUCCAUCCUCCAAGAUACAGACCGAAUUGAAAGAACAGAAGCUCCGUCCCAACCAAGAUCUGAUUAUACCCAUCCACAUCCCCUUCUCUGUGUACGGUGAGAACAUGCGG